AUGAUUCCUGCCGAGUCCAUCCUCAAAUCUUCCACAACUCCUGGGUCGACCACUGAAGCUCGCCACGCGGUUCGGUUUCGCCAGGACCUGAACCAGUCGCUGUUGGCCUUGCUGGGCGUGAAUCGCUUGGCGCGAACCUCCGGCGGCGAUCUGGAGGGCUUGGUGCUCAACGCGCAGGAGUUCGUGCUCAUGACGCUGGUUUACUACUUGGUGGCAGAGCCCCCGGCACCCAGCAAGGCACCCCUCACCAGCACGACACCGGUUGGCAGCGUCCCUGGCGCCGUCACCUCGAGCGCCGCGCCCGGGACGUCCGGUGGAAGCACUGCACCCAGUGGGAGCGCUGCAGCCGGGUGGUCGGGGAGUGCGAGCGGGAGCCGGCAAGCCACGGUGAGUUCGACCUAUGAGAGGUUGCUGCUGGCGCAUUUGCAUGCAUACCUGCCACAUCGGCAGUAUGAAGUGGCACGAGCCCAGGAGUCGCGAAGUGCCCUGCUCUUGACGCGGCUCUUCCAUGAGUUCCUCAUCGAGCAAAGCCCCUCCCAUUCCUCAGUCUUACAGUGCUUCGGAGAUGCGCGGCUCCAGCCCGCGGCUCUCCAUGCCGUGCGCCUGGUGCUGCUCCAUGUGCUGGCGAACCCGUGCCUCCGACAAGGCUGUGAGGAGACGGCGGAACGCUUGAUGUGGGGCCGCGCGGGCGGCGCGCGCAUCACGCGCGAGCUCGCGCUUCUGGGUCCGGCCGUGGUGCAGAUGCUUUGCGAACUACUCCGGAAGCUCCAGUCGCAGAAGGAAGUGGGGCUGGAGGCCAUUAGCUCGCUUACUCGCCUGUGGCUUAUCCUGCUGCAGCCCUGGAAGGCCCCGCGGCUCCAUGAGUGGUAUGGCACGCUCCGCCCCUGUGAGCCGCGCCUGGAACCUCCAGCGCCUUGGGCCUUCGGAAUCGAGGAAGAGAAGGGCAUCCAUGGAGCAGAAGGAUUUUUUCAGGCGUCCCGUUCCGCAGCUUCCAGCCUUCUGGACCGCAGCACUCGCCCUGUGGAUGUGGCCCUUCUGGGCCUGGAGCCGGAGGUGUCGGGCGAGCCGCCGGUGCCACAGGUGCCCAAGCGCUUCCUCGAGGAGGACACCAACCUCGCGGUGCACGCGUCCACGCGCCUCGCCGCCGCCGCGGGGCUGACCUCGGCGGCGGUGACGCUGGCGUCCACGGCGCAGGCGUCCACGGCGCUGGUGCCCGGGGAGGGUGAUGCCAUGAGCUGGAGGAGCUAUGUCGGCGGCUUCCAAGGUGCCUACUUCCUCCUGGAGGCCAUCCUCACCACCCCUCUCCAUUCCGAGCUUUGCUUAGAGCUUUGCCGCUUUGCAGCCGGCGAUCGGGGCGCUUGGCUGGCGCGUGCCCGCGACACGACCGCCCGGGCAGCAGGGGGCAACUGGGGCAAUGCGCCCGCGCCCACGGCACAGCAGCUGUUGCGUCAGCGCAAUGCCAUCCAGGCAUUGAAGACCUUGGCACAGACGCUGCUUUGUUUCAGUGACCCGCAGCUCUUGCAGGUUCUGCGGGAAGGUCAGCCCCAGCUGGGCCUUUGGUUGCAGGAACAUGGCCUCUUGCUAGAGCUCCCUAUGAGGCCUAUUUUUGAGGAGCUCCCUCCUCCCCAGCUGCUCUCAGCCGUCGCCCUGACCUGGGCCGCUUUGCUGGGUGCGGCAUCAGUGACUGAGCUGCAACCACUGCUGGCAGCGGUGUCUCGGCAGCUGCAACACGCCCAGCCCUGGGCACAGCAGGCCUUCCCAGCGCUCGAGGAAACCAACAAGCACAAGCCUUUCGCCGAGAUGGUCUUGAAGGAAUUUGGCCAAUGGACCGCACCAGAUGCAGCCAGCCGCCCAAUGCAGACGCCCAGCGCGCCAAGUGCAAUGCCAGCACUGGAGUUCGCUGGAUCCGAAUGGCAACGCCCCAUCCGCGGAGGGGAACUGGAACAGCUCCUCGUGGUGGCCUACUACUUGGCCAACGCCAUCGAUCGGAUGUUGGGUCGCGGCCCUCGGCUCACGCCCUGUGGGCCGGUGCCGCAAACGGAGUGGCCGCGGAUGUUCGGGAACUGGAAGUUCUCACUGGUCCUUUGCCUCGCCUCGCUCUUCGCCGUCCUGUGGUGA